GCGGUGGUGACGACGCUGGCCGCGCGGCUGACAUCGGCAGCCUACCGCAGCUCCUGCUUCGGCGGCCGCUGCGGCUUCCAGUCGGGAAACAACGGCUUCCACAGCUUCCAGUCGCGCUUCAGCCAGUCGCAGUUCCCGGGCGGCGGCAGCAGCGGCUACAGCCACCGGUUCGGGCCGGCGCGCUCCCCGUUCGGACCGUCACCCAACCCCUUCGGCCCGGCUCCGGGCGGAUUCGGCUCCGGGGGCCGGUUCGGACCGAACCACUUCGGCUCCAGCCACUUCAGCUCGAGCCGCAGCCGCUUCAGCUCACCGUCGUUCGGACCGAGUCCGCGGCACUUUGGCUCUCCCAGCCACUUCAACUCGCCCUCCGGCGGGUUCGGCAGGUUCGGCCGUUUCGGGUCGCACUCGUCGCUGCCCUCUCGGCUGAACGGCAUCAGCGCGGACCAGCAGUACCAGGCACAGCUGGCCACCAGCCGGCAGCUGGCGCACCGCCGCAGGCAGGAGCAGCACCUGAUCCAGAGCCACACCGGCAUCGUCCAGCCGGGCUCACCGUCCGCCGCGCUGGCCGCCGAGAAACGCGCCGACCCCAAGUCCCUGGCGCUGGGUAACCAGGCCCUGCAGCAGAUCCUGUACCUGCAGAACCUGGUCGGUUCCGUGCGCCGGCGGUGAUUUGACCACACAGGUCAGACAUUGUACAGAGAGGCCCAGUGGACCGGGUCGGGUCGUCCGGAGGCCGCCUCUCGUCUCCUUACGGUCCGGGGUGGACCUGGACUAGCCGACUGGUCCGACUGCAAGCCGCGGCUCCGAGGCGACCACCGCCCCUCCCCGGGCGCAGGGCUGUGACACAUAAUGUUAGCCAAACUAACCCAAAGUUAGCGGAACUGACAUGUCUUGCGAAACUGACCCAGUGUUAGCCAAACUGGCAUGCCGUGUAAGCGAAACUGACCCAGUGUUAGCCAAACUGGCAAACCGUGUAAGCGAAACUGACAUGUCGUGUUAGCGAAUCUGACCCAGUGUUAGCGAAACUGGCAAACCGUGUAAGCGAAACUGACCCAGUGUUGCCGAAACUGACAUGUCGUGUUGCGAAGCCCCACGGGCGAUACGCCCGCCCCGAUUGGGCAUCUGCGCACUGCGAAGGGGCAGUAUGGUGUUGUGUGGUCGUGCGCAUGUCCACGGAGUCUGUGGGUGACCGAUAUGAGCGGCUGUACGGCCUCGCUGGGCCCUGGUCGGCCGGUGACGGGCCCAGCCACGAACCGACAAGGACACCCCGUAUUUCUGGCUCAGGUAUUGCAGCAUUGUUUUACUGUGACGAUGAGCUCUGUGCCGACGCUGACCAUUUUUAGACAGGUCCGUGCACCUGACUUUUUAGCGAGGUUAUUUAGCUUUAUGAGUGACCACAGAAACUGACGAAAUAUACGGCACCGUGUGCUA